GCCCGCCCCACCCACCGCGGCCGCCUCCGGCCCGCCCCCUGCCUGCCCAGCAAGCCGCCCGCGUCCCAUUGAUGCCGAGCGGCAGUCGGUCUGGGCUGGCCCGCCGUGUGUGAGUGAGGGGCUGCGGGAUGGUGCCAUGGCGCGGCCGGCGGGGGAGGAAGCGCAGUCGCGGCGGCGGGAGAGCCCGACGGCGAGCCGGCUGCUGGUCUCCUUCCAGUACGUGCACGUGCAGCUGGGUGGCGGCGCGCCCUGGGGCUUCACUCUGCGCGGGGGGCUGGAGCACGGCGAGCCCCUCAUCGUCUCCAAGGUGGAGGAUGGCGGGAAGGCAGCCUUGUCACAGAAGAUGCGCCCUGGGGACGAGCUGGUGAACAUCAACGGGACCCCACUAUACGGCUCUCGGCAGGAGGCUCUGAUCCUCAUCAAGGGCUCCUACCGCACACUCAAGAUGAUCAUCAGGAGGAGGAACGUGCCCGUCAUCAGGCCUCACUCAUGGCACCUGGCCAAGCUGUCCGAGGUCCGGACUGAGACUGCCACCAUGCACUUUCCUGCGGAUGCCUUCAGCCUCUCCUGGCACUCGGGAUGUGACACCAGCGACCUACCCUUGCCCUGGAACCCACUGUCCCGCCACUGCAGCACCGACAAGAGCAGCUCCCUUGGGAGCAUGGAGAGUCUGGACCAGCCAGGCCAGACCUACUACGAGGGCAGCCUCUCUCCCAUCGACCAGGCCAUGUACCAGAACAAGCGUGACUCUGCCUACAGCUCUUUCUCUGCCAGCUCCAACACUUCUGACUCUGCUCUGAGACCUGAGGAGAACAGCUCUACUGAAUACAUCCAGCAAGGCCAGCUGCCGGAGCCCCGCUACCUGCAGACCGGCAGUGACGGUAGCGAAACAUCGGGAACAGCGAGCCUGCCUUUCCUGGGCAGCCAGCUUAACCCCACUGCCAAGCCAGCCUCCUGCACUCAGGAAAGUCACUUUCCCAGCUCUGCCAAAGCCUUUGCCCCUCCCCAGCCCCCCGUGAGGCAGGACAGCUUGCGAGCUUGCAACCCCUCCCCAGCCAGCACGGAGACACAAGGGGCCUUGCCCCAGGCUGAUUCUCUGCACCCCAAAGGCAGGUGGACCUCAGACAUUUCUCUCUCUCUGCGCAGCAGAGACCCUGAAGGGACCUGCAGGCAGUUGGCUUCUGCAAGCCACACCAAAGAAUCUCUCCCCACAGAUCAGUACUAUCUGCUGAGCUCCCACACAGAGAGCCACCAACCCAUGGAAAGAGGAGCGCAGAGCAUGGAGUCGCUUUUGAAUGAGGAGGUCCCAGGAGUUCCCCCUCCGGAAGAGCCUGCCCAGGGCAUGGACAGCAAAGAAAGUGAAGCUGAGCUGGGCAGCUGUAACAACAUCUCUCCUUUUCCUUGGAAGGACUGUUGGUCAGGACAGUUGGCUCACCGGCACAGUGCCCCUGAGCAACUGCUGGCUGCCCAGUUGCAGGCUCUGAAGGUAGCCCAUAGCCCGGAGGGACCUCAGUGGACUGUUUCUCCGUUGCACGUGGAGAGCAAGACUCCCAGAACUCAGGAGUCAUGGCAGACCCAGGGCCGCAGCUGCCCGAACCCCACUGGCCAAGCACAAGAGCCGGACCUUUGCUCAGUGUCAGGGGAAAGGUCUUGGUCUCCCAAGAGCUGCCACGCAGUUCCAGAGAGGCCCAGGAGUGCCUCAGUUGAGCUGCCUUCAUCCCUGUUGAUGCAGCCUUCAGGUGAUGCCAACUCAGGCCCCAAGGCUGUCCUCGUAAUGGAUGCUUCAACAAAGGAAGAGGGACAAGACAGUGAAGGGAGCCGGCCUGCCACAAGGAAGGGAGGCUCAGCUCCACACCGCUCAGCCCAGAUGCGCCGGCGCAGCGACCGUUUCGCCACCAAUCUGCGCAACGAGAUCCAGUGGCGGAAGGCCCAGCUCCAGAAAGCCAAAGGCUCUGCUAUGCUCCUGUAUGGAGAGGAGCCAGUGCCAGAAACAGAAGAACCCCCUGACAGCCCCACUGCUCCUGCCCCUUCUCCUCCACCUCCCUCUGCCCCUUUUCCUCCAGCCUUCCCAGCAGAGAGCAGGCCACACAGAACUGCUGGCCCCAAGCGCUGGGGCUCUGAGCUGAGUGUGCUGCGAGGAGAGGUUGUUUCUCAGAGCCCUGACUGGGUGCCUCCAGAGUCCAAAUGGAAGGCCCCCUUGCCAGACCCUGAGAAGCCCCUGGCAGCUCUGCCGUUGCCGUCUGGGGGAAGAGGCCGCUGGCGGUGGUCUCCAGAGCACAAACUGCAGCCACACUCCCUGAGCCCCCAGGGGCCAGAGCCGGGCUCACCAUCGCGGCCUCCAGAGGAAUCUGGCCUUCUGCCAUUUGCUGACAGGCGGAAGUUCUUCGAGGAAACAAGUAAGGCUCCAGCCUCUGCCCACGUAGCCUCCCGCCAUGGCAGGCCUGUAGGUCCACAUCCCAGAGGGGUGGAGCAAAAUGCUUUCCAGCCAGUGAGUUCUGAGCACAGGGACCAGCGCCGGCACUCCAUGGACCAUUCCUAUGGCCCUCCAUCCUCACCUCCCGUCUACCCAGAGUUCCGGUCAGAGGUGUCUGGGUUUUACAAGCCCCUGGCCCGACACAGGGAUAGUGAGUGUUGGCGGUCCCUUCCAUGUGCUUGUGCAACCCGAGAAGCCUGUGCCUACUGCUGUGGGGAGAGGUGCCCCGCCUUGCUUCAGAGGAACAUGCAGGUGCCAUCCAGCCACUGUACCCACCGCUGCCACCCUCGCCCUUGGGCCCGCUGCUCAGACUGCUGCUGCCAAGCGCAACACAAGCUCUUGGAGGAUGGAGCUCCCUGGCCAGCCAGGAAGACCUACCCGCCGGAAUUUCCCAUGGAAGAUUGGGAGCCUCCAGCAAUGAACAGAAAGAACAGUCAGUCAAUGAGCGAACUGGCGCAACAGAAGAUGGGCUUUGUGCGGGUCAGCCCCAUCUGGCCCUGCUCAGAAAACAUUGAGCAGGAGUGGGCUCCUUUCUGCCGGGCUUUGUCCACCCACAGCCUCUCUUGGGACUGCGAGAGGCAAGGCCGAGCUGCAGAGAUCCCAGCCUGUGAGGAGAGUGCUGCUGAACCAUGCAAGCACCCACUGCGCGAAAGGGCAUAUUCCGAAAGCCAUCUUUGUGGAGAGGCAGGCAGCGCUUCCAGAAGACAGAGGCAAGAGGCCCCACUGGCCAAAUUGGAGGAGUUACCUUUCCCAGCCAGAAAGAAGGGCCCGCCCCCUCCACGCCCCCCACCCCCAAAGUGGGAGAAGUACCACCCACGCCGUGCCUCCCACCAGCAGCUGCUUCCCCCUGAGGCUGGCCUAUCAGCAGUCCUGGAAGACCCUUGCUCCUCCAGCCAGAACAGCACAGACAUGGCCAGGCAGCGGUCUCAGAGCCUUCCCCUGGAGCAGCUGUGGGGCAAUGCAGCCCAGGAGUCCCAGCCCAGGCCUCAGGGAACUGCGUCGCCCACGGAGCAUAGCAACCUGCACUACUACUGCCAUGGCUCGCCACGUAGGACUCCAGAGUGGCCAACUCCAGAACUAAGUGGCGAGAGUGACUCCUCCAGGCCAGCGAGUUCCCUGGCAGAGGAAGCAAAAUCUGAGCCCUUGUGGGAUAAGGAGCAGAAUGCAGUGUCUAGCAGAGGCCCAGAGCUGCCCCGGGCCAGCCCCUCCAGUCUGAGCUCCAAAGAGUACGAGGCUGCGCAAGAGGGUGCUGGAGAAGAGAGCUGCCAUCCAGGCAUGGCAGGCCCAGCCCCAUCUUUCCGCUUGAACUCAGAGGAGCUGAUGAGGGAUGUGGCAGGCAGGGACCGCUCCCUGGCUGGUGUGCUGAACCCGGCCCCAGGAUUGGUGACAGCGGCUGAAGUGAUGAGUGACCUCUUCUCCCCCAGCAAGUGUGACAUGUGGAAGGGGCAGGACUGGCAACCACAGGUGGCUGGCAAGGGACUCUCUGAGAGGCAUCCAUCUCAGCCUACCUCCCCAACCUCAGGAGGCACCUCCUGUUCAGCCUAUUACAACCUGUCAUCUGGAAAGGCUGAGUUGCUGAACAAGAUGAAGGAGCUGCCGGGAGCCAGUGUGGAGGAGGAGGAGCCAGACCACGAUCUGGCCCAGAAGAAGGUGCAGCUGAUCGAGAGCAUCAGCCGGAAGCUGGCGGUGUUGCAGGAGGCCCAGCGAGGCUUACAGGAUGACAUUAACGCCAAUGUAAUCCUGGGCAAAGAAGUGGAGAGUCACGUCAAGGGGGUCUGCAAGCCCCAUGAAUUUGAGAAGUUUCGCCUCUUCAUUGGAGACCUGGACAAAGUAGUCAACCUGCUUCUCUCACUGUCGGGCCGAUUGGCCCGGGUGGAGAAUGCCCUUGGCAGCCUGGACUCUGAUGCCCCAGAGGAAGAAAAGCUGGCCCUACUGGAGAAGAAGCGGCAGCUGACAACCCAGCUAGAGGAUGCCAAGGAGCUGCAGGAGCACGUUGCUCAGCGGGAGCGUGUGUUCUUUGCCAGUGUGUCACGCUGCCUGCCCAGCGAACAGCUGCAGGACUACCAGCAUUUUGUGCGCAUGAAGUCGGCGCUUGCCAUCCAGCAGCGGCAGCUGGACGACAAGAUCAAGCUGGGCGAGGAGCAGCUCCGCUGCCUGCGAGAGAGCCUGCGCCGGAUGCCCCGGGACUGUUAGUGGGAACCUGCUUGGUGGCCACCAGGAGGGAUUUUAUUGGGAGGAACAGCCAAAGCCUCCCACGUGCCAAAGGAGUCCCUCUUGGAGAGGUGCCGCCUGCCCAGCCUGUCAUGGACUGUUUGCCAUCUGCUGCCUUCUCGCUCUCAGGAUAAUCCUCUUUGCCAAAGACUCCGCCAUACCAGAUAACUGCAUCGCCUUCUUCCAUGGCUGGGGGGAAGGAAAGGCUCACCAAAGUGCUCUUUGCCAGGACACAGGCUGUCUGGCUGGGAUGGAUUGUUGCAGCAGCUCAGGAUCAGGAUGGUGGGAUUCCUGGAGCCACACUGGAAUGGAAUGGGGGUCAUGAGAUGGUUUAAGCUUCCUCCGCUUCCUUCCCAGUCUUCUGUAGGGACAGGCUGCACCAGGAAAACCAUCUGCCUUCUGCUUCAGUGGUUAUGUGCAUUGCCAAGCAGAGGGCGAAAGCAGCUUGUGAGCAAUGGUUAUAAUCACAGCCUGGCUGUGGGAUCCCUCUCCUCGUCUCAUGUUCCUGACAACACUUAGAGCAUUCCGUUUCUCCUGUUCCAAUCCUAUUUAUUUUCCUACCUAACCAUUUUUUUAAAAAAAGGAAAAGAAUUAAGAGAGGAAUCGUGUUAGGUGACAGGGAUAGUGACACAACCUGUCUGCCAUGGGCAUAGAUGCCAUCCCUUUCAGGGGCCAGCAGUUAGUCCUUCCAGCCUUCAUCCCAAGCUUCUACUGCCAGCAGCAACCAGGACCACAAUCCUUUGGCCUAGAAGGGUUUUGUCAUUCCUGGGGAGGGUGGGGGUGGGAUCUGUUCAGGUAGAAGCUCUGUGGAAUUUAAACCAAGUGCAGAACCCAUGAGUCUCUCUUCCAUUUGGCCAGCAGGGCCUUUCAAAGUGCCUUGGUCCAAAGCAGCGCUCUUAAGUUCAGGAAGGGAGAAAAGCCUUCCCAGCUCCUCUUCCUGGCUGAGCCAGCUUUUCCCAUCAGAGUGUGAAGCAAGGGUAGCACUCUAGGCCUUCUCAGGCGGUUACUCAUUUCCCGUAUUUCCAUCUGGGGUGUAGUUUAAAGACUGUUUGCACAUCAGUCCAUCCUGUGAAGCCUGUACAAAUCCCCCUUACUGCCUAUAAACACGAGGGGUAACACUGAGUAACACUUGUGCUUUGCAGAUCCCAUGAGCUAGGGUCUGGGGUAAUCCCAGCCCCAGAAACCAAGCCACUUCCUCACCAUGCUGAUGAAACUGUGCCAAGAAGUAUUUGCUGCUGUGCCAACUAUGGGUCUUUGCCCUCCUCACCCAUGCCAAGAAAGUGUGGCUGGAUCACAGAAAGCUCCUUCUGGGUGUGAGGUUAGGGGUCUUGGAGUACAGUGACCUUUGGUCAGGGUCUCUUGGAACUGUUGGUUGUCUCCAUGCAGGAGGAGCCAGCCAGGUGCAGUAUUGUGCCUGCAUUAGCCCCCUUGUGCCUUAAUGUACCUUUGGGUACAUAUCACAUUUGUUGUCCUCUUUCGCUGUCUACUGUUCUGACUGCAAACUCAGCCAUUGUGUUUCAGGGGGAUUAUGAGGAUGGAGAGCGAGCCAGCUUCCCUUUCCCCAUAUUUCUGGAGGAGUUGAUUUUUCCCAACAUGGAAACCUCCUUGCAGGGGAUGUUUUGGGUUCACUUUGGGGAAUGAGGAGUUAAUGGGACUUGUCCUUUUCUCUCCCCUCCCCCAAUGUGGCUGAAGGAAUGUGCUGGGCUCCUGCCACAGAAAUUCCACCCCAACAUCCUCUUCCUCUCCAUUGUCUUUGAAACAAUGUUGGAAGGCCAAGCUCAUCUCUUUAACCCCUUGGGUGCUCUGCUGCCCUCUGCCUGCUCUCUGGCUGCAAAUUCUCUCAGAAGGGGGAGGCAGUUCCCUUCAGCCAGCUCAGUCUAGAGCUACCCACACUUUUUAACCUUGGGGUUGCUUUCUCAGUAGAACCUGUGCUGUUGAGGAGGUGGCACAGAGACCCCUUGGUGGAAAAAUAGCACUUAACUCUUGAAAAGGCCUGCAUAUUUGGACUUUCUGGUUUGCAGCAAAGGAGGUUGUGUUUUCAAAUCCUCCCAUUAAAGGACUACUACACUUUCCUAGUUAAGGCAUUCCUCUUCUUUUCCCUAGUCCUCACCCUUUGUUUGUCAGCACAGCAGCCAGGGUUCAGCUAGAUUAGAUGCAAAUAGCAUGGAGAGGUUAAAACUCCCACCCACCUACUGUUCUCCUGAUGCAAAUAUUUUUCUUCCCUGAAGCUGCUCUUUGCCCUGUGGAGGGGGAGCUAUAAUGGUGUGUCCUCAACUGAGCUUUCAACAAGUCUGUCUGGAGAUCUUUUGCUAACUUUGCAGACAAGCGUCAGAACUGUCUAGACAAACGACUGCAUUUGGCCCAGAGGUAGAAAGUGAGUUUGAACAAAAACAAACAUCUAGGACCUCCUUUGAGAGCAACCCAGGGACUGCAGAGAUGGCAGCACUCUUCAGCCCAGGGCAGGGGCAGUAGGCAGGUCUGGAGCACCUUCUAUCCCUGCCCUCCCGUAGGGGGAUGUUCUUCUAAUGUCAGAUGAUUAGGCUCUAAUCUGCUUGUGAAUGAGCAGUGUUGAGGGGGCCUGACACGGUUAUUUGUUUUCCAGCAGCAGCCAUUCCAGAAUCCCCUUUGCAACUGAACACUCCCUUUCCAGGCCUGUAGCCCAGCUUGUUUGCUUUAUCUACCCCACCUCUCUCAUUCAGGGCUCCCAUCACUGUCCUUUGGCUUUCUAGCCUGAGUUUUCCUCCACCCCAAGUUGUUUAUAUGUUUUGCACAGAAGCCUGUUCCAGUUGUUCACAAUCCCACAGGGAAGAUUGGACUCUUUGUUCUACUUGUUCCAACCUUUAAAAAAACUUUAAUGUCACAUUUUGAACGGCACUUAGACAUCCACCCUGGCUUUUGGCCUCUGUGCGGCACUGCAGGUUUCUCUUGGCACCCGUAGUUGCUGCUGCUCCCUGGCCCACUCACAGCUAGACUCUGCUGCUGCUUGCAUGCCUGGAAACAAGCAGCAAAGCUUUCAGUGGGUGGGGCGGAUUGCCCCAUUUCCCAGCCCUCGGGGCUCUGUGGAUCUUGCCAGAAGCUACUGCCCCCCAGAGCCCAGCUUUUAUCCUCUUGCUGCCACCCAAAAGUGAGUCUCUGGAUUUAGGCAUAAGGCUGUGUGGUUUCCUCAUUGGCCUGUCAGACUCUAGCUGAGGUUGUGCCUGCUUUACAUAGUGGGGUUUGAGUUUGCCAUCUGGUGCAGCCAGGUGUGAGCUGAGGCUUCCUCUGACCUAUGCUGCACCACUUCCUCCCCCAGAAGCCCUGGCCAUUGUCGGCUGAGAUGGAGCUCUUUCGGCAAAGGGCCCCAGGCCCCCUGUAAGGAAAGGAAAGGAAAGCUGUCUUGGACUCAGUGUCAUGGCUAUAUUGCUCCACCACCUUGUUGCAUCUCUUCCCCCAAGCCAGAAUGCAAACUAGGUAAGGUAAUAUUCCUGUGUGGUUUGACCAAGUUCUCAUAGUGGUAGAAUGUGUGACUUUUCAUCCCACAGGGUUUUUCUUCAGGGUGUGGUGAAAGCUGAAAAAUUCUGUGUAACUUGGAAACUUGCAUGCUUUAGAUCACCCACUCACACAUGUAUCUUGCCAUGCCAGGGCAGGUUGCCUCUUCUUGCCUAGGCCAGCUUUUCCUCAGCACAGGGAGAGUCCAAGUGCCAGCUCUGAAUGUUGCUAUGUUAUUAAAUGCAUGUAUUGCUGGGUGUAAUUUUGUGCUUCCUACACACUAAAGAAAUCAAUGGUUGCUGUCCAGCAUUUCCACAGCAAAGCCUUUUCAGUAGCAUUUCUGAAGGUGUCUCUCGCCAGUCAACUGUUCUGUUUUGGCACCGCCUUUAGCAGCUCAUGCCUUGGGCGUGGGUGCCGUUGUAGGGAAGGAGGGGAAAGGGGCAGAGUCACUUGCAUUAAAUGGUGCUAAUUAUGAUAA